UUAGAAUUUGCGAUGACUAUGGCGAGAAGACGAUGGGCUGGUGUUGAUCUGCUAAAUGCCUUGUUCAGCUACCUAAGUUUUGACCAGUCACCGAACUCAUCUUGGUUGGUUGACACUUUGUGAUAUCCUUGGAGUUCUUUCGAGUCAACCGACCAUGCUGUGGCACUGGUCAAGUUUCUUUUUCCUUCUGUAUCCUUACACCGUUUUCAGCACCGAACAGAAGCCGGAUUUCUGUGAGAAGCAACCCUUGAUUUCGGUGGAUAGUGCCUCGCAGCGACAUUGCGCGUCGCUUGGAUCCUCUCCCUUUCACAAACCAGCGCGUUGCGCGUACCCUAAUGCCCAAGGGCUUGAAGAUUUGAAGAAUUCAGAAGUUAAAGAAAGAUUGCUAGACGCCCUCUACGAUUUCAGUGACUAUGAACAAGGAGUUCUCGAGCACAUCGAACGAAUCCAGUGGUUAUACACCCAAUUUACUCCAGAUGAUGAGAAAGAAGUAAUGUUUCAGUGAGACUCUAUGUCAUGGUGCUACAGGUCUAACAAUGCUUCAGACACUAGAGCGAGUAAUUGGUUACUCAACUUCUUUUGCGAGAGUGAAAAGGCUCAUAGCUCAUAAUUCCGGAAUCUGUCAAGAUAUCGUGGCCUCUGGUCUGGCGACAUAUGGUCUUGAACAAAGCGAGCUCAAUGAUCACAUCCAAGCUCGAAGAUCCAACGAGAGGAAGGUCGACCGCGGGGCGGUUUCACAAGCCUUGAAACAUCUCGUGCGAGACUGGGCCCCACAAGGUGACAACGAGCGAAACUCGGCUUUCCCUCUUAUUCUAGAUACCAUUCUAGAGCACUUCCCUUCCACCUUGACCAGAGAUCAGGUCCAAGUGCUCGUUCCUGGUGCAGGAUUGGGAAGGCUUGCACAUGAGAUUGCUGCCCUUGGACCGCAUCUGGAUGUUACGGCAAACGAGUUCUCAAUGCACGUCAAUCUCGUUUAUCGCUACCUUGAAAAUAACAAGUGCUGCGAUGGACCAUUUACGAUCUACCCUUUUCUCGAGAACUGGUCCCAUCAUAGAAGAAGGACGGAGAUUGAAAGACCAAUCACCGUGCCGGAUACACAAGUUGACAGUUCUGCUGUUACACUGAUAGAAGGAGAUUUUACGGCCAAAUUCAACGAUGCAAGCCAGAGAUUUGAUGCUGUGGUCACCUUAUUUUUCAUCGACACUGCCCGUGAUAUGCUACAAUACCUCAAAUGCAUUCGGAAUGUUCUUCGGCCUGGCGGCUUGUGGAUCAAUUUUGGUCCUUUGCUCUUCAUGUCAGCACCCUUUAUGCAACUCUCAUUAGAAGAGAUUAUACUAGUGUCACAAGACCUUGGCUUUGAAUUCUUAGAGACCACCCCUGGGGCAGGGGAGUUGACUUUGGAAGGUUAUAGAGUCUGGAGUUACGAAGCUCCUUACAACUUCAAUUCUUCGGCUCUCAACAAGUUCGCGUAUCAUGCCCAAUUUUGGGUGGCGCGGCGCUUGGGCUGAGGUUCCUACAUAAUAUCGAUCUACUGUCUAUCUGUAGAUGCUCCCGGUUCUUCUAUACUUCAAGAAUAAUCUCUUCGUUAUUG